CUCAAGCUGGACCGGAUGAAUUCCGUUGCAGGCUUGUUGUCAUCGAGGGCUCACUGAGAGCUGUUUGUCGCGUCUACGUUGAGAGAAUCGAGAGGUGGUGAUCCGUAUUGUUGAUUUUUUUUUUCAUCCUCCUUCUGGUCCUCCAAGAGAGCAGCUUCGGGAGUUCUUGCCACUCUGCUUGGAAUGAUUGCUAAUAAAUUUUCCAGAUUUUUAGUUCUGCCUUGACGUUGUUUCGGAGCGCUCGUGUGUGGGUCAACCGGUUUGCGUUUGAAGACGGUCAGACCAGAGUUAAUUCUACCGUGCUGCCAACCUGUUCAUGGUGUGGCAUUCGCGCGAUUUCAGAUUCGCCACCCUCGGUGGGAUGCUGUGCCGCAGGCUCUGAACUUGGAUGGAUUAUUGUGGAUUAUUGUUGGUGGUUGAAUGUUUUUUUAAAAAGAUUGUAAUUGGGAACAAAUCGUUCUGUGUAGUGCUUGCAGAGGGGUUAAUUAACAUAAAGAAAUCAGUUGAUGAGCCGCUCGUUAGAAUACCAUUAGCGUAGGAUGUUACUACGGUAAGAAGCGGGUAUCUAGAGUGUAGCUUGAGCGGCUUCACAGGCAGUGUGUGGUGCGGUGACUGCUUCCUUUUGUGGUGGAUAAUUUGAUGAGCGAAGUGGUCUUCUGUUGAGUAACAUCGGUAGGAUAAUAUUUAUCAGGUGUGAGAGCACAACAAGAGAAUUGCGAGAAGAACUACUGCGGCACGGGCUUUCCGUAUCUGUGAAGCAACGAUGCGUGUCCCAGCAUAGAAUGGAAUAGCUAAAGGAAAAUCGUAAAUCUUCCCGCAUGCAUUAGGCUCUGGCACGGAGCAGUAACAGGAUAAAUCAUGAUCUGAAGCACGAAGGAGAAAUUGUUUGCUUCAAGAUUGGUAAGAUUUCCCCCGGUGAAAAUGUGAGACAGCAGAAAUGAGCUCGUAAAGUGACAUGACAUAAAGUUCGUUGUGGGCUUCAUAGAUAAAAUAACCCGAAAAGCCAGUCCCUUACGUAAAGUUGAAAAGGGUCUUUCGGUAGCUCUCCGGUGUGUGUGAAGAGAGCGCGAUAAAAAAGUGUAAUCAUUGAAGAGCAAUUUUAAAGGAUCAUACUGGCGGGAGUGAUUUAGGGUGGUGGAAAAAUUCAGUGUUUUCAUCUUUCCGUCAGUUAGUUUUCACUCCUCGAAGGAAAGUAUAAGGAAAACGAAGCGGGUGUUGAUAAGCGGUGUCAAUGAUACUUCAGGUUUGUAGUAAAUAAAACAGCUACCUGUCGUUCUCGUUGUUCCGAGCGAGUAGGUUGUUAAAACUAGGAAGGAUUAUAAAUCCAUCCAACCUACCGGAAGGCGUAAGCGGAAGUGAAACAAACCAGCAAUUAUUUAGAAAAAAGGCGGGUUAAUAAGCUGUGAGUAGGGUCAGUGAUUGCAAUCCCCUUAUACAACCUUUCUCCGAAAUGGAAGGAUCUCUCAUCUGAUUUUGUAACAGGUACUUUUAUGGGAAAAAUCAUUGAUUGCAGUCGAUUUCUGAAAAGCGUCAACAAUUGAGCUCAGACAUAAAGAACAUGGAUCGCCCGCACAUUUAGAAACUAUGAGGCACAUAGUGGUAAUGAUGGUUUUUCUGAACAUCAACUACGGCAUUACCUCCACCUCGCAGACAGUCGACAUCGACGAGCCACACACGUACACACCACCGAAGCACUACUUCCAGACGUCGUCCUUCGAUGAGGCCGACCUGGACGAUGACGUCGUGAAAAACCCCCUGGACCGGGGGCCGUACUUUGACAUCUCGGCGUCGAGGAAUGUGACGGCGCUGGUCGGCAACACGGCCUAUCUCAACUGCCGGGUUCGGAAUCUUGGCAACCGAACGGUAUCAUGGAUCCGACAUCGGGACCUGCACCUGCUCACGGUCGGCAAGGCCACCUACACUUCGGACCAGAGGUACCAGAGUGUACAUAAUCCUGCCCUGGACGAUUGGUCCCUAAAGGUGCUCUACCCGCAGCCGCGGGAUUCGGGAGUGUACGAGUGUCAGAUAUCUACAACGCCUCCGGUGGGAUACUCCAUGAUGCUGUCCGUUGUCGAACCCAUCACAACGAUAGUAGGCGGCCCGGAUCUGUACAUCGACACCGGUUCCACGGUGAAUCUAACAUGCAUCGUACGCCAUCUACCGGAGCCACCACCGGUUAUCAUGUGGACCCACAACGGUGAGGAAAUCAACUACGAUUCGGCACGUGGUGGAGUGUCGGUCAUAACGGAGAAGGGCGACAUCACGACCUCGUAUCUGCUGAUACAGCGCGCAAGGACCUCCGACUCGGGCAAAUAUACGUGCACACCCUCGACGGCCAAUCCGAUCACGGUGAACGUCCACGUGCUCAACGGCGAACAUCCGGCCGCUAUCCAAGCAGCCCAUCUGCAGCGAAGUAAUCUGCUCCUGUCCGGCUGCUGCUGUCUGAUUGUGCUGGUCCUAUCCUUGCUCGGCGACCGCUGGCCGGCUGUCAGAUAAAACUGGUCAUAAAUCAGCUCCCGACCAGCAGCAGUGGAAAGAAUCACGGGGCCGCCUGCUCCUUCUCCGUACGACAUCGAUGAUAUAGUUCCGACAGAAUCCGGUAAAGUAGUGAAGGAAAUGAACAAAAAAAAAAGAAAUACUAAUGAUUAUAAUAAUAAUAACACUAAUGAAAAUAAUAAUAACAUCAAGCAGCAGUACAGUAAAAGUCAGAGAGCACAACAAAACAAACAUUUGAAGGAACGAACAUCCCUCGCGCGUCUCCGAAAUAAUUUUUCAUCCUCUGCGUUAAGUUGGAGCGCAAGAAAUGUACUGUGAAAGGACGGCGUGCUUUUCCUCCUUUUUUCCCCCCUUCGCCAACACAUCCCACGUGAUGGAAGCGGCGCGUACUGCUGUGGGUCAGCCAGCUUUGGGAAAUUGUUUCCGGUACAAUCUGCAGUGUCGGCAGCAUUCGACGCUCUAGUUUGCCGAUUUGUUUGAAAUUUUCGUUUCUCUUUUUUUUUUGCUUGUUGGAAUAAACUGCACACGAUGGUUUUUUUUGUCGUGGAAAAGCUAUGCUUUUAGUUUAAUGAUAGCAAAGCGUUGUUUAUUGCUAGAUUAAGGUACUAACUGCAACAGGCCCACUGGUAGCAUGGAUUGUUAAUUUCGAAGAGUAGUCUUGCUUCAAGCAUCGUAGGAUAAGUUAUUGUACAGACAUGAUUUGAUGUUGUUUUCUGAUGUACUACAAUUCAGAGUAUUUGAUCCAGUUGAGCUUCCAUUUGAGAUAGACCGGACGUAGGAAUAUCGUAAAGCUGCAACUUUUGUUUCAUUGAUUAUUUAACUUGUCAUUUACGAGUGAGAUGGGAUAUUAAAACAAUUGUUAUUUAAAAUGUUAUGUAUGAUUCAUUUAUAAUUUCCCCAGCUGGCGAGCAGACAGAUUGUAGAAAGUUGUACAUAUUUUUUCUCGCUUCAUCACAAAACAGUUGGAAUCGGGUUCUUUUUCCUCUAUGACAUUAUAGUUAUUUUGUACGCUGUAUACUAGUCAAAAUAUAACGUCAGAGUUGAAGCCGGUAAAGCAUAACAUGAUCACCGGAUAAUGCAGUGCGCUAAAAGCAGCAAGGAGAUUUGAUAUCUGUCGGGAUGAAACCAACUGAGAAAAAACUAAACAGUAGACGAAUGAAACAAUUUCUCUCAAGCACACAUAAAUGCAUAUACACAUACACAUACACACGUAAAACGAUGUACAAAAACAGAUCAAGCAAAUGAAAAAUUGUUUCUGUCCGAGUCCUUUUAAUCUUCUAUUUAAAAAAAAAAGCUGUAUAUCUGUACAAUGAAUUGGAAUGCAGAGUGCUUUGGGGAAGAAAGGAAAACUGAGAACCAUUGUAUCACUGUCGCUGAAAAAAAAAACGAAAAUUGCAGCUAAGAGGCUUAGCCACAAUACAAAGCGCUAGCAGGCUCGGAAACCCCACAUGAUUCAUUUGCUGUUUGCGACCGAAUGCGGAGCUAUUUCUCAGUAGGUUCCAAGAGGAUUUCUGGCAACCGACGCAGCUGUCAUGCUUCACGGCACGUAUAGCACGCUCGGUAUGUUCGAACUUCACAUUGUCGUGGUGAUGAGUAAGAUUGGUUGGUGAAUUUGUACAACAUUCUGCUGAUUUGCUUAUAAUUGUUGGGUUUUUUAUGCCACCCUUCGAGGUCUAAAGUUUGAUGGGUUUUCAAUCGGCUUUGGUUGAAUUGACUUGUUUGUGAGGUAAGAAACUGUUUUCGGGAUUGUUGUAAAGUUAUCCGUUUGAAGCGCUUAUUUUGCGUUUGAUGGCGCAUCAACAAACGAAAUUAUAUCUCUUUUCCCGUUGCCUCCACCCUGAAAACGUCUAAUUCAAAUUUUCAAAUAAGGGAAUAUUUUAUUCUCGUUUAAAAGUACGUAAACUCUAUUGAUUGGAGAAAAUAUUAAAUUCUAGGACUCAUUUAUCUAUCAGAGCACGCUCAAACAUAUGUUUGUUGUAGUUUCUUUUGCAAUGGCCUUGAAUAUUUUGAAGUUUUAUCAGAUUUAUUUUCAUAUUUUAACAAAAACAUCACUUCACAUCAUAUCGUCACAAUCUGAACUUUUUGGAAUCUUAUUUUGAAGUAUCAAAAUGUUCAAAAUUUAGAUUUUUGCUUUUGGUUCUUAUUGAUUCUCAGUAAAUUAUUAUCGAAAAUUUACCGUCGCAGGUAAUUUUUACGAUCACUUCGCCAUCCAGUAACAAGCCGGCGGGGGGCGUUGCCGUAAAAUUGCGCAGUUGCGUCGCAAAUUAACUUCCAGCUCGAACUCAAUUUCGUGAGCCCAGCCCGGUUGUGCAUUAUGUAAAUUCUACACCACCGCACCCGUGCCCGUGUACCGAACUGUGUGCGUACACGAGACAAUUGUGGAACCUAUUCGGCAAUUGAACACCGGAUGACAUCCAUUCAAAUGUGACACACGAUAACACCCAACGCGGGAAAGGUAGUUACUUUUCCCCGCAAACCGUAUCAUGACAGUGCUACACCUCCCCCCUCCUCCAUUAUUGCUCUCAGCGUGCGGAACUGUGGCCAAAAUGUGCCUUUGAGUUUGCAAAAUUAUUGCCCCCUGGAAAUUGGUUUUGGAUUGAUUGCGUCGUGAAUUGUAACGGUGGGCCCCGCAUAGAAUCUGUCAUUUGGCAGUUGCUGUUCCUGCUCGGGGAUAAUUAGGUUUGGCCUAAACACACUCUCUAAUGCAAUUGGAAAGGCAAACCGUGCAGACUGAGCGGCAGCGCAAUAAUGCAAGUCGGUAUUUGUAUAUUUACCACGCGUAAAUUCCUGGUGGUUGCCAAAAUUGGGUUAAGGGCCUUCAAUCCGCAACGACUGGAUUGAUUGAUUAGAUAUUUUGUGACUGUCAGAAAGGUUGUUUUACUUUCCGAAGUGGAGAAUACCAGGCAUUGCAUUACGGUUCAAGUAGUCCGCUCUGACAUGUUUUUUUAAAUUUUGA